UAAAGAGUUUUUAAUUAUGUUAAUUGUUUUUUUUAAUUCAGUUGUUAAUAUUAUAAAUGGAUAACGUUGAAGAGUUGUAUAAAAAUUAUGGAAUUCUUGCCGAUGCUGGGGAAAAAGCAUCAGAACAUUUGAGUUGUUAUCAAUUUAUUCUCAAAGCAACUAAAGGGACCACUGCAGAAAAAAGACUUGCCUGCCAAUUUAUACCCCGUUUUUUUAAGUAUUUCCCUGAACUUUCGGAACAGGCUAUUGAUGCUCAGCUUGAUUUAUGUGAGGAUGAGGAAACUCCAAUCAGGCGUCUAGCAAUCAAGUCAUUACCAGAUUUUUGUAAAACUGCUCCAGAACAUAUCCUUAAAAUAAGUGAUAUUCUUACUCAACUUUUGCAGCAAGAAGACGCAACAGAAGUUACAAUAGUACAAGACGGUCUUAAAAUAUUAAUUUCAAAGGAUUCUCAAGCUGCUAUAGAAGGAAUUUUUUCUCAGAUAUCUGUUGGAGAUGAUUUAGUAAGAGAAAAAGCUUUGCGUUUUUUAACAUCUAUUGCAUCCUCAGGUAUUAUUGGAAAAGAUGAAAAAUCAGGUCAAAUAAUUCUUCAAGAAGUGAAGAAAAUUUUGAGCGAUGUUACUGGUGAUGAGUUUACAUCUAUUAUUUCCAUGCUUACUAAAGUGAAGUCAAUUGCUAAUAAGCCUCAAUAUCUUGCAGAUCUUAUUACAGAGCAGGCUGAAUUAGAUAAAGAUUUUCAGCCUAACGAGCCUGAAAGUCUUGAUCGUCUAAUAACCUGCACUCGUCAGGCAUCACCAUUUUUUAUUAAAGGAGCUUCUUCUGCUAAAUAUCUGGAUUAUUUAUUCAAAAAAGUUUUGCCAGUUCUUGAUAAUAUAACAGUAGAAGCUAGUGAUUAUAAAUAUGAAGUAAUGAAGCUUUUAGUAGAGCUGAGUGAAUACGCAACUGAAGAGAAUGCCAAAGAGCACAUUGACGGUAUUUUUCAGAGUUUGAUUAACCUCAUGCCUAUUCAAGUUGCAACUACUGAGGAGGAGAUAGAAGAAAACGUUGUUGCAAAAUUAAAUUUUUUGUUUGUUGAAUGUUGGAUGUAUGCAUUUCAUAAGUUAGGUGCAAAACAUCCUUUAUUUUUAGCAAGCGAUGCAUCAGCAAUUAAGUUAAAAGACUUUAGGUCACGUUUGCAGUAUUUUGGUCGAAUGGUUCAAAUCUAUACACGACAAUCCAAAUUGCUCUUGAAGAACAAAACAAAACUUGAGUUAGCAGAAGAAGAAAAUAAGUUAAAAUUGCUUAAUUUAGCUGCAUGUAAUAAUAUAAAUAUUUUAAUUAAAGAUCUUCUCCACAACCCUCCUUCAUACAAAAGUGUUGUAAUUGCAUCAUGGAAAUCAAAGUCAAGUCCGAUUCAAACAGUAGAUGAAAGUGUUGAGGAAAAGCGAAAGCGUGCUGGAAUUACACCCAUUACUUUAGAUAAUCUCUCGCCAAAAGGAUCUAGAGAUGCAAAGAAAGUUUAUUCUUUGCCUGAAAAGCGGAAAGGCGUUCAAAUGAGUGAAACAUAUUUAGGAAGAAAUAAACAAGGUUAUAACCGUGGCAAUAAUCGUGGACGGUGGCAAGGAAAUCGUGGUCGAAGAGGACGAGGUGGAAACAAUAGCAAUCAAGAGUCAUAUGAAAAUUUUCUUUUUCGAUAAAACAGUUUCUAUUUCCAACAAUGCUCUUGUAGUGUUAAACUCUUAAAUGACUGUUUCAAAAAACAUUUUCAGAUGUACAGUAUACAUUCGGCAUUGUAUUUUCUAGUUAUAAAAAAUGAAUAUUUGAAAAGAAAGCAACGAAUUGCAUUUUUCCAUGAA